GAACCAGCCCGCCAUGGUUCCGGCACGCAGGUUGUUUAUCUGGGUUCGGUUCGGUUCUGUUGACCCAAACUGGUCCAGAACUUUUCUUUUAGCUUCAGUUCCGAACUUUAACAAAGUCAAACCCCCCGAACUACAGACGGGAUUACUGGGCCACGCCCCCAGGUUCGGAACCUGAGGUGGGUUUUUACAGCAGAACCUUUUCCAGAACCACGGGACCCAGAAGGUUCUCCUCCAGAACCUCCUGGUGUUUGGGCCCAGAACUGAUCCAGACAGACAGAUGAACUGGAACCGCAGGAUCCGGGUUCUGGUUCUGAUCAGAACCUGGUUAACGGAUCAGAACUCUGGGAUUACUUUGUUUACAUGUUGACCCGGUAAAUCACCAGAACUCCAGGUUCUGGGUUAGGGUUAGGCUAACCCGACCCCUCGGUGACCCCUCAGUGACCCCAGGUCAUGUGACCGACGUCCUGCUGGUUAAACGAGUUAAAGAACUGAAGACCCGACCCGACCGGUUCUGAGACUCCAGAACAUUCUGCAGAGGAGGCGGGUUCUGGGUUCUGGGUUCCGGGGUCAGAGGUCAGCAGUGAUGAAUGGAGGGGAACCAUUGAUCCAGCUGCCGAUCGGACCUGACGGGUCACAUGGUUCUGGUCCGGUCCGUCUGGUUCUGGCUUCCCUCCGUGGGGAAGAUGGCCGCCUGUCGGACAGGAAGUUAGCAUGUUGCCGGCUUCCUGCUGGUGGAAAGUAAUGAGCCUCAGAGCGAGUCGGGGCUACGGAAAGCCACACCUGCCACAAAUCUCCACAGCUGGCGGCCGAACCUGAAACGCCACACAGUUGGAUACGGGGGAGGAAUCCUGCCGAAACUCAACCAACGUGUAAAACCAGUCAGUUGAUGUUCACGUCACUGACCUGAGUUCAGUUUUAUUCAGACGGUCUAACGGGGGUUUUUACAGUGUAAAAGUGCAGCUGGCCCAAUGUGAGGUUCUGGUUCUGGUUCUGGACGCUGACGGUUCGGUUGGCCUGAGUCCGAGCCGCUGCAGCAGGAGGAGGAGGAAGAGGAGGAUGACGAAGGGGAAACCCUGCAGCCCCCACCCCCCCUUCCUCUGACACAGCUCCACGCUGAGAGCCGGGCUGUGAUUGGCUGCCGACGCGGCUGAGCAGUGUGUGGGGCUGUGAUUGGCCGGCGGGGCUGCAGUGAUGCUGCAGUGAUGCUGCAGCAGGACGUCCCACAGCACCAGAUGCUCCUGAACGCACCGCCGGACGCUGCAUCUCUCGUCCUGCAGCAGGAAGUGAUGCGGUUCUGAUUUGACCCGGUCCGUCUCAGGAUGCUGCAGGAGUUCCUGGAUCUGCUGAGCCGGGCCGAGGCACCUGGUUCCGACCCGGCCGGUUCUGAUCCGGCUGGUUCUGACCCGGCCGGUUCCGACCCGGCCGGUUCUGAUCUGGCCGGUUCCAACCUGGCCGGUUCUGAUCCGGCUGGUUCCGACCCGGCCGGGUCUGAUCCGGCCCAGCCUGCAGGACGCUGCGAGACGCUGCAGGUGGUCCUCCAGAGAAGCUCCGCCCCCUCCGGCCAGGAUGCCGCUCCCAGUGCUCCCAGCAGGACCAGCAGGUUGAUCCUGACGGUGGCGCCUCCGGACCUGCAGCAGCGCAUGGUGACGGCCGGCGAUAAGGACCUGGACGGCCAGCUGGACUUCCAGGAGUUCGUUCAGUACCUCCGGGAUCAUGAGAAGAAGCUGCGGCUCGUCUUCAGGAGUCUGGACAGGAAGAACGACGGCCGGAUCGACUCGCAGGAGAUCAUGCAGUCGCUGCGGGAUCUGGGGAUCCACCUGACGGAGGAGCAGGCCGAGGAGAUCCUGAGGAGAAUCAGGGCGGGGUUCAUCUGGACCCCGGUCCUGCACAUGGACACCGACGGCACCAUGACCAUCGACUGGGACGAGUGGCGGGACUACCACCUGCUGCACCCGGCGGACAACAUCCCCGAGAUCAUCCUGCACUGGAGGCACUCCACGAUCCUGGAUGUCGGCGAGAGCAUCGUCGUCCCCGACGAGUUCACCGCGGAGGAGAAGAAGACCGGCAUGUGGUGGCGCCACCUGGUGGCCGGAGGAGGCGCCGGCGCCGUGUCCCGGACCUGCACGGCGCCGCUGGACCGGCUGAAGGUUCUGAUGCAGGUCCACGCCUCCAAAACCAACAGCAUGCGCAUCGGCAGCGGCUUCCUGCACAUGAUCCGCGAGGGCGGCGUGCGCUCGCUGUGGAGAGGAAACGGCAUCAACGUCAUCAAGAUCGGUCCAGAGUCCGCCAUCAAGUUCAUGGCCUACGAGCAGAUUAAACGGCUCAUCGGGAGCAACCAGGAGACGCUGGGAAUGACGGAGAGGUUCGUGUCGGGAUCUCUGGCUGGGGCGAUCGCCCAGAGCAGCAUCUACCCCAUGGAGGUUCUGAAGACCCGGUUGGCCCUGCGGAAGACGGGUCAGUACUCUGGGAUCCUGGACUGCGCCAAGCACAUCCUGCGGAGCGAGGGCGUGGCGGCGUUCUACAAGGGCUACGUCCCCAACAUGCUGGGCAUCAUCCCGUACGCCGGCAUCGACCUGGCCGUCUACGAGACCCUGAAGAACUCCUGGCUGCAGCGCUUCGCCACGGACAGCGCCGACCCGGGAGUCUUUGUGCUGCUGGCCUGUGGCACCACCUCCAGCACCUGUGGGCAGCUGGCCAGUUACCCGCUGGCGCUGGUCCGGACCCGGAUGCAGGCGCAAGCCUCGCUGCAGGCCGGCCCCCAGCUCUCCAUGGCCGCCCUGUUCCGGCUCAUCGUCCGUACGGACGGCGCGCUCGGCCUCUACCGGGGCCUCGCCCCCAACUUCAUGAAGGUCGUCCCGUCCGUCAGCAUCAGCUACGUCGUCUACGAACACCUCAAGAGGUCGCUGGGGGUCCAGUCCAGGUGAGCCGGACCCGACCGGAACCGAGUGACCCGGCCCAAUGACCCGGCUCCAGGCCCGACCCGCUGAUCCUCAUCAUCUCUGAUGAUGAUGAUGAUCCGGUUCUGGACCGCUAGGGGAACCCGGUUCUGGUUCUGGUGGACCGUCUCAGCUCCUCUGGGUCUGAUGUUCUGGAUCAGAACCAGAAGCCGUCCCCCUCCAGAGCCAGAGGCUUGGGUCCAGGUCAGCAGAACCUCCGGGUUCUGAUGGGAAAAACCCCGGCGGACACCGGGACUCCGUCACCAUGGCAACCAGCAUCACGUGAUCCCAGCGUGAGGCGUUCAGGCUCCAUGGGAAAACUCGGAAACUUUCCUGAUCAUUGAAGCGAACUGAUUCCCUACCGGACCGGAUCCAAACAGACUGGACCGGACCGGACCAAGCCGGAUCCGAACAGACUGGACCGGACCGGAUCAGGCCGGAUCGGACCUGACCGGAUCCGAACAGACUGGACCGGACCGGACCGGAUCAGGUCGGACCGGACCAAGCCGGAUCCGAACAGACUGGACCGGACCGGACCGAGAUGGACCGGAUCAGGCCAGAUCCGAACAGACCGGACCGGACCGGACCGAGAUGGACCGGACCGAGCCGGAUCCAAACGGACCGAGCCGGAUCCGAACAGACCGGACCCCUCAGCUGGUUUCUUGUAUUUAUUUCAGUAUUUAUUGGUUUUUCUGAUCAUGAUUAAACUGAUUGUUUGGACCGAACCAGAAGGUUCUGCUGAAAACUGAAUGUUUUCAUUCUCUGACCCAACAGAACCAUCAGAACCAUCAGAAUAAAGGCUGGAAUGUUUCA